GGAAGUUACAUUCUGGUGAGCUCCCACAAAAAGAAACAGGCCGCCCACCUAUCAUAUGUACAAUAUACAACUAAACACCCCAGGACCACCCCAAAGAACUAUUUGGAUUGAUUGUCUGUUUUUGUCUCGUGUUACAGAAGCAAUGGCAGAUAGUGUUGUUGGAUUCUUGUUAGAAAAGCUAAGUGCCCUUCUAAUUCAAGAAGCAUCUCUACUAAGAGGAGUACGCACUGAAGUAGAAGAAAUCAAGUUGGAACUUAAUAGCAUGCAAGCCUUCUUGAGGGAUGCUGACAGAAGAAAAGAUAGCAGUGAAGAAAUGAAAACGUGGGUUGGACAAGUUAGAGACGCUGCACAUGAUGUGGAGGAUAUCGUUGAUGAAUUCGUGUAUUGCAUGGACAGGCGACGGCGAAGUGGAUUCAGGGGUUUUCUCCUUAACAUCAUCCUUCUCCCGGAAAAUAUUUCCUACAGGCAUCGGUUGGCCACUCAACUGCAAGGUCUGCAGAGCAAUUUUGCAGCCAUUUCAUUGAGAAAAGACCGGUAUCAUCUUAGUAUGACAGCAGAAGGACUGAACUUAUACAAUGCAAGUGGAAGAUGGCAACAUCAUGGAGAAACUUCUCUUUUUUCCGUAGACGAUGAUGAAAUCGUGGGGCUCAAGGAAAGAAUAGAUCGAUUAGUCGGAUGGUUGACAGAGAAAGAACCAAAACGUACUAUUAUUUCUGUGGCGGGGAUGGGUGGUCUGGGCAAGACUACUCUCGUGGCAAAAGUGUACAAGAAUCGCAUUGUAAGGAAGCACUUUGACUAUUCUGUCUGGGUUUCUGUUUCGCAAUCGUACAGAGUAGAAGAACUCCUAAUAGGUGUGAUAAAAGAUCUGUUCCAAGCAAGCAAUGUUGAGGUUCCAAGCGAUGUGGGCAGCAUGAAUCGAAGACAACUAGUGCAGAUGGUGAACGAUUUUUUGGAUACGAAGAGGUAUAUCGUAGUCUUAGAUGAUGUAUGGAGCAUAGAUGCAUGGGCCGAUAUAAAUAUUGCUUUUCCACGAAAUAGAUGUGGAAGUAGGAUAAUGCUCACUACUCGACAUGAGAAUGUAGGGUUUGCAUUAGGAGAUGGAAGCCAUCCGUUCCUGCUUGAGCCUCUUCAGGAAAAAGAGGCUUGGGAACUCUUCAUUCGAAAAGCGUUUUGGAAAGAACCCUGUCCCCCAGAGCUGCAGCAUUUGGCUAAAAAAAUUGUAGUGAAGUGCGGAGGACUGCCACUUGCAAUUGUUGCUUUAGGCAGUCUCUUGUCAUUGAAAGACAAGACCAUAUUGGAAUGGAACCGAAUAUAUGAAAAUCUAAGCUGGCAGUUCAGAAAUGAUCAAAUUCUUGAACGAAUGAAGCGAACCUUGUUGCUUAGCUUCUACGAUCUACCGUACCGCCUUAAGCAUUGUUUCCUUUAUUGUUGUAUGUUUCCGGAGGAUUAUUUGAUUCACCGCAAGCGGCUGAUUAGGUUGUGGGUGGCAGAGGGUUUUGUGGAAGAGAGAGGUAAAAUUACAAUGGAGGCAGCAGCAGAAGACUUCCUGAAGGAACUCAUCUAUCGAAACAUGCUUCAGGUUGUUGAGACGAAUUUGUUUGGAAGGGUGAAAACUUGUCGAAUGCAUGACAUUGUACGUGAAGUGGCCCUAUCCUUAUGUGACGAAGAAAAGUUCUGCAUGACAUACGAUGAGCAACAAGCAAGGCAAGAAGGCAAAGUCCGCCGCAUGUCAAUCUACAACUCUGGAGAAACUAUUCAAGGUAUGCCACGGCUUCGUUCUCUUCUGGUGUUUGAUGGAAGCACGUCUUUCUCAUCUUCUCUAAAUACCAUUGCAUCAAGCUUUAUAUUAUUGAGGGUCCUAAAUCUAGAGGGAGUUCCUAUUGAAAGCAUACCGGAUGAAAUGACGAACCUAUUCAAUUUAAGGUAUCUCAACUUAAGGAAUACUAAUGUUAGGGAGCUUCCAAAAUCUUUAGGGAAGCUACAGAACCUUCAAACACUGGAUGUAAGAGAUACAAGAAUUAAGAGGCUACCUAGUGGGAUUGUGAAGCUACAGAAACUACGCCACCUAUUUUAUUAUGGAAUUUAUUACGAGCAUGCAAGGAGUUUCCAUUGCUUCAGUAGCAUUCAAGUUCCUAUAGGAAUAUGUAAUAUAACGAGUUUACAAAGUCUAGAAGAUAUUGAAGUGAAAGAAGGGGAGAUUGUUAGAAAACUUGGGAACUUAACCCAACUAAGAAGGCUUAGCAUUUCUGAGGUCAGAGAAAUCGACGGAGCUGAGUUGUGCGCCUCAAUUGGAAAGAUGAAACACCUUCUCAAGUUGUUUGUGACGGCAACUGGAGAGGAAGAAACACUUCAAUUGGAAGCUCUCUCUCCUAAUCCUCCGCCGCUUCUUCAGAAGCUUUGCUUAAAUGGGCAUUUGAAGAAGGUGCCUCAGUGGAUUAGCUCUCUUAUGAAUCUCACCUAUUUGGAGUUGAAAUGGUCUAAGCUGAGAGAAGAAGAUCUUCUUUCAUCACUCCAUGCAUUGCCCAAUCUGGUGUUCCUUUCACUCGACCAGGCCUAUGAAGGGCAGCAGUUGUGCUUUCGCAAUGGACGGUUCCCUAAGCUCAGGAUACUAUAUUUAGUGGGUUUGCCACAGCUAAAUCAGGUGGUAAUAGAGAAGGGAGCAUUGCCAAGCAUCCAAGAAGUAAAUUUGUUCAGUUGUGGAGAGUUAAAGACGCUUCCACAAGGGAUUGAAUACCUCACCGGACUCCAAGAGCUCCACUUACAGGACAUGCCAAUGGAAUUGAGGUUGCAGAUAAAAGAUGGAAGUGAGGAGGACCGCAGAAAGGUGGGGCACAUCCCCUUCAUCAAGCUAUGGACAGAAGAGGGUUGGGUUUUGGAACGACUCAACUAAUCAUCCAUCCAUCCAGAACCAAGCAUCAGGUGAAGUGAAAUGUGGACACAGAAGGCAGUCAUUUAAGAUAGCAAGAACAGGAUACCAUCAACGCCAUUCAAAGCUAGGUAAUGCGCAAUUGCCAUGGUAUAGGAUUUCGAUGGUUCCAAUGGUGUUAUUGGAACGGGUUCAACGGGAGUGUUUAGUCGAGUUAUUUGAUGCUAGGGAGAGCUAUUUUUUAAAUAAAUGGAAGCCGAUAUUGUUUGAACCGAGCGACAUUCCGUGAGAAUAAACUUAUCCGUUGUUUGGGAUUUAGAGAGGGUCAUAUAUUCUCUGUUUCUCUCAAUUUUGUUUCCUCAAAGGAUAUUGCGGGUGAUCUUUUUUUAUUUGUUUUUUGGAAAGAGCUUUGCAUAUAUGAACAGAGGGUGUACAGAGUAAUAUUUC